CUGCGCGCCGAGCCGGGCCCGGGAAGGUCCUCGUCGCGCCCGGGCAGCCCUCGGCCCUCCGUGACGCCCCUCGGCUGGGCCGCCCCGCGCCUCCGGGACCAUGCUGCGCUGGCUGCGGGGCUUCGUGCUGCCCGCGGCGGCCUGCCAGGAUGCAGACCCGCCGACGCGCUACGAGACCCUCUUCCAGAAGCUGGACCACAACCAGGACGGCGUGGUGGACAUCGGCGAGCUGCAGGAGGGGCUCAGGAACCUGGGCAUCCCCCUGGGCCAGGACGCCGAGGAGAAAAUUUUUUCUACCGGUGAUAUCAACAAAGAUGGGAAGCUGGAUUUUGAAGAAUUUAUGAAGUACCUUAAAGACCAUGAGAAAAAAAUGAAAUUGGCAUUUAAGAGUUUGGACAAAAAUAAUGAUGGAAAAAUUGAGGCUUCCGAAAUUGUCCAGUCUCUCCAGAUACUAGGUCUGACUAUUUCUGAACAACAAGCAGAGUUGAUUCUUCGAAGCAUCGAUGCUGAUGGGACGAUGACAGUAGACUGGAAUGAAUGGAGGGACUACUUCUUAUUUAAUCCUGUUACAGACAUUGAGGAAAUUAUCCGUUUCUGGAAACAUUCUACUGGUAUUGACAUAGGAGACAGUAUAACUAUUCCGGAUGAAUUCACGGAAGAUGAAAAAAAGUCGGGACAGUGGUGGAGGCAGCUCUUGGCAGGAGGUGUCGCUGGCGCCGUCUCGCGAACGAGCACUGCCCCCCUGGAUCGGCUGAAAGUCAUGAUGCAGGUCCACGGUUCAAAAUCACACAAAAUGAACAUAUAUGAUGGCUUUCGACAGAUGGUGAAAGAAGGAGGCAUCCGCUCUCUUUGGAGGGGAAAUGGUACAAAUGUCAUUAAAAUUGCUCCUGAGACAGCUGUUAAGUUCUGGGCAUAUGAACAGUACAAGAAGCUGCUUACUGAGGAAGGACAGAAAGUAGGAACUUUUGAGAGAUUUAUUUCUGGUUCCAUGGCUGGGGCAACUGCACAGACUUUUAUUUAUCCUAUGGAGGUUUUGAAAACCAGGCUGGCUGUAGGCAAAACUGGACAAUACUCUGGAAUAUUCGAUUGUGCCAAGAAGAUUUUGAAACAUGAAGGAGUGGGAGCUUUUUACAAAGGUUAUGUUCCCAAUUUAUUAGGCAUCAUACCUUAUGCAGGUAUAGAUCUUGCUGUGUAUGAGCUCUUGAAGUCCCAUUGGCUAGAUAAUUUUGCCAAAGACUCUGUAAACCCUGGUGUCAUGGUGUUGCUGGGAUGUGGUGCCUUGUCGAGCACCUGCGGUCAGCUGGCCAGCUACCCCUUGGCCUUGGUGCGAACGCGCAUGCAGGCUCAAGCCAUGUUAGAAGGAAGCCCACAGCUGAACAUGGUUGGCCUCUUUCGACGCAUAAUUUCCAAAGAAGGAAUACCAGGACUUUACAGAGGCAUCACCCCAAACUUCAUGAAGGUGCUACCUGCUGUAGGCAUCAGUUAUGUGGUUUAUGAAAAUAUGAAACAAACUUUAGGAGUAACUCAGAAAUGACAAGUUGAAUUUUUUGCUUUAGCGUGAUUAUUGAAAUUUUCAACAAUCUCUGGAGUGACUUUUUCUCCUAGAAUUGCACCAAGUCUAUGGCAAAAGCAGUCAUAUUUUUUUCUAAAAAGGGAAGAACAUAUCAAUGAUCAUUUCAAAUGUUUGGGCUCAAUUUUAUGUAAACAGAAAUGUUAAAAAUCAUAGUUUUGAUAAGCUUAUACAAUUUUGAGAAGGCCACAAAGUUGUAUUUUAUCUUCUCUUAUUAGUCCUUUCUACAAAUCUAUGCCCUGAAUCCUACAUCUGAAAAAUGUACUUGCUUGAAUUAAAUUUGUUUUGUGUGGUAGAAUUAUAAAUCAUUAAUCUUUAUUUUGGUUGGUUCAAAUUUAUGCUAGUUCCUUUAUACUUAAAUGUCUUUUUGUUAAAAACAAAAUGAUCAGAAAACCUUGAAAUUUAAAUUGUUUUAUAUAUUUUGAAUGUCUUUAUAGACUUCUUAAAAUUUCCUUAUAGAACGAUUAAUAGAAAAUCAUUGUGUGAAAACAUACCUUACGGCAGCCAAUAAGUAGCAUAGGGUUUAUAUCCUUAUCUUUCUUUACGCUGAAUAAGAAUGAACAUAAGUGGCAGAAUUUCAAGCCAGGAGAAUUCCGCCGUCCAUUCAUAUCAUUUUUGUGUAAGGAGGAGUGAUGAAAUAAUAUUUAUUUCAGUGGGUCCUUUUCCAUUUUCCUUGCACUGUUAUUUGGUUCCUGGGAUGACACACUGAUUGUCAGUAUAUUACUGUUAAUUUAUCAACACAAGGCAACUUAUUUGAAAGAUUCUGUUUAUUCUGUCAUUGCUUUGAGAAGCACCAGGAAACAAAACCCUUUUCUUUAUAUCAACUUCUGAUGAGCAUCUCUCUUUUCUUUCUCCUUUGCUUCCUACUUGAAUCAGAUUCUGUUUUAAUCAGGAAAGCUUCUGGGGACCCUUCCUGGUCAUCUGAAAUUUCUUAAUUACGUGAAGUGGGUUGGUCAUGGGUGAAUGACAUUCUCAUUUCCUCCUCACUGUUGAAUUUCUUUGAACCUACAAUUCUCAAUUUGGGCAGCACAAACUUAGGAGAGUAAUCCAUAUUCACAGUAGUGUAUAUUAAUCUUAUAUAUUAGGUACCUAUAUUUAAACGAAAGGCCCAAUUUAUAAACAUAUA